AUGGAAAUUUACCAUCAAACAUUGGAAUGCAAGAUUGGCAUAAUAUUGUCAAUAUGGGAAAGGGGGCCCAAUCUCAUACCACUUGAAGGAACUGAUAAACUAAGUGAAAACUGGCAAAAUAUCCAUAGUAUUAUUACCAAGGGCAUCUUGGUCCAAGAAAACUCUAUAAAAGGGGAGCUACAUGUAGGGCUGUUUCCAUGCACAAAAUUCUCUCUCUUGCAUCCUGAUUUUCUAUUUCAAUUUGCUUUAACAUCACUGAAAGGAAACAUUAUGGUGUCUAAAGUGGAAGAAGCAAUGAAGAGGAACAAGCAAAUGCAACCACAAGGCCAGAAUCAGCAACAGCAGCUGCCGAAACAAAUUCAGUGCAACAAAGGAAAAACUGGCAAGUUCAAGAGGAGCAGCUCCAAUCUGGAAGAGGAUGGUGCUUCUUCUGCCAUUCUCUUUCUAGCUUGCAUAGCUUGUGCCCCUUCCUAUGCUUAA